ACACGAUCUGGUUACCCAGAGGCCUCCCUAGGAAUUCCUCCGCGCUGGUAGGGGUCCAUUACAUAUGGCGAAAGGACGCUUAUCAAGAAUGGCGACUAAAUGCUUCGAUUCAUGUAAUAGCACAAGUACCGAACGCGACCUUUCAUGAAUCCAAGGCGAGUAUAUGAAGGUGUAUGUUACGACAAAAGAUACCGCCAUUCUUACCUGAUUUACUGUGUACUACCCGCUCCCUAUUCCAGCAUUCUUGUGUCGUCGUAUACACUACGAAAUGUCGCCAUCUCCAGUCAUUCUUAUCCUCGGCGGAGGCAAGAACGUCGGCGCAAGCGUCGCCAAACGCUUCGCCGGGCAAGGCUACAAGGUUGCUCUUGUCGCGAGGAAUAGCCAAAGCACAACGAACAGCGAGAACAGCAUGACCAUUUCGGCCGACCUUGCCGACGCCGACUCACUUUCGCACGUAUUUGAUAGAGUUGAGCAGAAAUUCGGAACGCCAAAUGUGGUUGUGUACAAUGCUGCGUCCGUCAAGCCCGUACCGCGCGAUGAUCCACUCCAACUUGACGUCUCCGACUUGAACAACGACUUCGCCGUCAACACCGCCAGCGUGCUCGCAGCUGCCAAGCGAGCUAUCCAAGGCUUCGCAAAGCUUCCGUCCGAGAUGAACAAGACCUUCAUCUACACCGGCAACCUCCUGAACAUCGAAGUGAUGCCCGCCCUUGUGAGUCUGGGUAUCGGCAAGUCGGCCACUGCACAUCUCGUCAAGACGGCAGCGCAGGCGUAUGGCGCGCAAGGUUACCACUUUUACUACGCCGACGAGCGCAAAGCGGACGGUUCCGCCGCAUUCAUGGAUAUCAACGGGCCUAACCACGCGGAGUUUUAUUACGAGCUUGCCGAGGAUAAACAGCAGAGGCCAUGGUGGCAAACGUUUGUGGGUGGUCAGGGCUACAAGUCGUUUCCAGUCAAGCUUGCUUAGUUCGAAGUGUGUAGGUUGUCAUGGGGAAACUGUUGUUAAGUCGCUCACAGUCGAGGUGCCACCCAUCUCGGUUGCCUUCUCUCGCUAAACGCCAUCAGCCCUUCCUUCAUGUUCUGGCCCUUCUGCAGCUCGGUCCACUGGCUCUCGUUGGUUGUCUUCGUCGCGGUCACAACAUCCGCCGUAGUCCAGCCUUCUCUUAGGCCAGCUCGCGUGCAGAUGAUCGAGUCCGGACUGUUAGCCGCAAUCUGCUUUGCCC